UCACACAACAAACAAUGGAGCUAUCUUCCAAGCUUUCAUCUUCUCUCUUCUUCUUCAUUCUCUUUGCCCUCACGGCCUCUGCUCAAAAUUCACCACAAGACUAUGUGAAUGCCCACAACGCAGCAAGAUCACAAGUGGGUGUUCCAAACAUAGUUUGGAACUAUACAGUCGCUUCCUAUGCACAGAACUAUGCUAACCAACGCAAGGCUGACUGCCAGCUGGUGCACUCCGAUGGUAACGGCGGCAAGUAUGGUGAGAACCUUGCAUGGAGCUCUGGAGACCUAAGCGGCACAGAUGCCGUGAAGCUGUGGGUGGACGAGAAGGCGUACUAUCACUAUGACAGCAACACAUGUGAUCCAGGGAAGGUUUGUGGACACUAUACUCAGGUGGUGUGGAAGAAUUCGGCUAGUGUUGGGUGUGGUAAAGUGAGGUGUAACAAUGGAGGGACUUUCAUUGGCUGCAACUAUUAUCCUCCUGGCAACUACCGUGGACAAAGACCUUAUUGAUGAUCAAUGAAAGGAAGUUGAUGAUGAUCUCGUUUGUCUUGUUAAUUUGCAUUAAUUAUGAAUAAUGAGAGUAUGCAUGGGAAAGGAAUAAUAUGUAUUGUCUUAUGGUUUGAUGAAAAAUAAGAAUAAAUAAAAUAAAGUACGUAUUUUCU